AUGUCUGCUAUUAUCAGUAACAAAUCUAAUACUGAAACUCUUAAGAAGUACCUCUCUCUUGACCAAGGCGGCAAAGUUCAAGCCGAAUAUGUUUGGAUUGAUGGCAGUAACGGUUUACGUUCUAAAACAACUACUCUUGACUUUAAACCUGCCGAUGUCUCUGAACUCAAGGAAUGGAAUUUCGACGGUAGUUCAACCGAACAAGCUCCCGGCCACGAUUCUGAUGUUCUGUUAAGACCCGCCGCUGUUUUCAAGGACCCUUUCCGUGGCGGUGAUAACAUUAUAGUCUUAUGUGAAUGUUACAAUAGUGAUGGAACACCAAACAAAACAAACUUUCGUCAUUCGUGUGCUAAAAUCAUGCAAAAUCAUACUGAUGCUCAUCCAUGGUUCGGUCUUGAACAAGAAUAUACUUUGUUUGAUGUAGAUGGUAAUGUUCUUGGUUGGCCAAAAGGUGGUUAUCCUGGUCCCCAAGGUCCUUACUAUUGUUCAGUUGGUGCAAACGUUGCUUAUGGUCGUGACAUAGUUGAAGCUCAUUAUCGUGCUUGUCUUUAUUCUGGUGUAAAUAUUUCCGGUCAAUGGGAAUUUCAAAUUGGGCCGUGUGAGGGAAUAGACAUGGGUGAUCAUUUGUGGAUGGCAAGAUAUCUAUUGAAACGUGUGGCUGAAGAUUUCGGUGUUGUAGUAUCGUUCCAUCCAAAACCGAUAAAAGGUGAUUGGAAUGGAGCUGGUUGUCAUACAAAUUAUUCAACAGAAGCUAUGCGAAAAGAAGGUGGCAUAAAAGCAAUCAAUGAUGCAAUAGAUAAAAUGUCAUCAAGGCAUAAUGAACAUAUAGCGGUUUAUGGCGAGGAUAAUGAUCUAAGGUUAACGGGUGCACAUGAAACUGGACACAUAUCCCAAUUCUCCUCAGGUGUAGCGAAUCGUGGUGCUUCAAUACGAAUACCUAGGCAUGUAGCUGCUCAAGGAAAAGGAUAUCUAGAAGAUCGUCGUCCGGCCUCAAAUAUUGAUCCUUAUCGAGUCACUCAUAUAAUAGUUGAAACAACUCUUUCGUAG